AUGAUUAUCUUUAUUAUUCUGGCUGCAGUAUUGUUAUUAGCAAUUCUUGGCACUCUCGCUUGGCUUCUAAUGAAACGAAGGACCGAAACAAAGAAAGCUGGAUUUGCUGAACGAUUCAUUCAUCAGCAGCGAUGUCAAAAGGCUCCGCAGCAUUGCAAUCACAACGAUAUGGUGGAAGUGGACGCCAUAUGUGUUCAUCGAGGAUAUCCGCCACGUCGAGACGGCUAUGGCAACAAUAUGUACCAUGGCGAUAGUGGUUAUGGCCCUGGUAGUGGAGGUCUUAAUAUUGAUCGAGGGGGUGGCAGUGUUACACGAGACAUCGCAAUUCGUGACGCUCGUCGUGACUUUGCACGACCGCCUGGCGACCGCUCGCGUGACUUAGGUGGUUCACGCGUUACUGUGUCAAGCGAUGGCAAUGGAAUCUAUUGGUACGCCAUAGGCCAUGCACGAGAAGUUGAGAGGCUUUCAACAAGGAAAUUACCUAUGAAAGACCUGCAUCUACUGAUUCUCGAGAAAUGUUGUGAUAAACUUUUCUUCAACCAGCACAAGAUUACACAACGUCUUCCGUGUUCCGAAUUCCGAUUAGUUAGAGAAAAAGCGUGCCAACAAAUUAGGACAUACAGGGCUAAUCCUAGUUGGGGAUCUGGUCGAGUCUGCACGCCCCGCCCCCUCGCUGAAAGGUGGCUGGCGAGCCUCUUCCUGAUCGGUUAG